AAUCCAAAACUAAUCAUAAAUGGGUAUGAGAGCAAAUGCUUUUGGUUCUAAAAAUUGUUUUCUUCUGCAAGCUUCAGACAAUCUAAAGGAGAGGCUUGGCGCUAUUGAGGUGCCUGGUGGCUUUCUAUUUCAAUGGUGGUCUGUCUUUUGGGACAAAUUCAUCGCUAGGACAAAUGAGAAGCACUCUGAAGCUCUAACAUUGAGGUGCUUGGCUGAUGAGACUGCAGUCCUUUUACUUUAUUCAUUGGUGCAAGGAAACUCUGAUUUUUUGGAAUAUGUUCUCAUGCGAACUGAUGUGGAUACCUUGGUAGCCUUUUCAAACCAGAAAGGAGGUUGUGGAGAAGUCUACAAGGCUGAAUUGCCAGGAAGAAAUGGAAAGAUGAUUGCCAUAAAGAACAUUAUUCAACCCUCAAAGGAAGCUACUGAGUUGACUGAAGAAGAUAGCAAGCUUCUGAACAAGAAGAUGCAACAAAUUUGGUUAGCAAUUGCCAUAGUUGGCCAAAUUUAGCACAGAAAUCUUCUUCCUCUUCUGGUUCAUGUUGGUUGUCUUGUCAAGAUGAAUCCAUUGUCAAGUAGGUAUUCAAUCAUUGUUAGUGCCUUCUGUUGAUUCUUCUGUGUUUUGUUUCACCAUGUGUUACCAGUGUUAAUUGGAAAGUUAUUUAUUGAGGAAGCUUCUGGUCAAGUGCUUUAUUUAUAUAUUUAUUUCUUCUUUCAAGUUACAUGCUUUUAAGAAAAGAAUGUUUUUUUU